GUGCGUGCCGUGGUCUCGAGCCCCGCGUCCGGACGCUGAGCCCUUCCCAGGCCUUGGCAGGGCCCCGUCGCCUCUUCUGCGCGGUUCUCGGCUUUGGCACAUUCUUUCUUCCUCGGAGAGCUUUCCCGGAAGGGCCUCUAACUUUAAGAAGGCAAACAUGGCAUCAGCUGCCCAGCGAAAAAGGAUGAGUCCUAAACCGGAGCUUACUGAAGAGCAGAAACAGGAAAUUCGAGAAGCUUUUGAUCUCUUCGAUGCUGAUGGAACUGGGACAAUUGAUGUUAAGGAACUUAAGGUUGCAAUGAGGGCACUGGGCUUUGAACCCAAGAAAGAAGAGAUCAAGAAAAUGAUAAGCGAAAUUGAUAAGGAAGGGACAGGAAAAAUGAACUUUAGUGACUUUUUGACUGUGAUGACUCAGAAAAUGUCUGAGAAAGAUACCAAAGAAGAAAUCCUGAAAGCUUUCAAGCUCUUCGAUGAUGAUGAAACUGGGAAGAUAUCAUUCAAAAAUUUAAAACGUGUAGCCAAGGAGUUGGGUGAAAACCUCACCGAUGAGGAGCUGCAGGAAAUGAUUGAUGAAGCUGAUCGAGAUGGAGAUGGAGAAGUUAAUGAGCAAGAGUUCCUGCGCAUCAUGAAGAAGACCAGCCUUUAUUAAGAUCAGUCUUGUCUUUUCUGCAGCAAGCACAUGGAACUCGAUUUAGUGCCUGCUGUUGUGUGAAGCCUGGUUUUUGAGAACAUAAAUUAUUUUUCCCCCACUGACCUCUCUAUAACUUUAGUAACAGCUCUGAAUCUAUUUUCGACUUUUGAAAGUGUUCUUUGAAAUCGAGGUUCUUUGUAAGGUGACCUGCUGACUGCUGUAAUUCUCCAGGGCAGAACGAGAGCGUGUUAGAGUGGAGAAAAGGGUCUUCAAGCUUUUGCCCGCCUGCCAUUCUGCCUUGUAUCGCUUAACUCUUGUCCUGCAUUCCCACAUUUAUGCCACUGCAGAACAACUUCUUCACGAGCACAUGUUGUACCUGUGUCACCACAAGCAGGGGGCAUCUCAAUGCUUCCAAGUUUAACUGGCACCUGAGUGCAGUUUUCUCUUUUAUAAAACCCAGUGAACUCUCUUACUUGCAUUUGGGUGUAUGUGCGUGUGUGCGCACCAUUUGUUUUGUCUUCAAAUAAAGUCUUUCUUAUUUUGAGUUCUUGUUCUCUAAGGAUGAGUUCU